CGCUCGUUUCAUUUCUUCUUCAAGCCGCCAUUGGUAGUACUUUUGUGUUUGUUCUGUUUGACUUUUACUUUUUCUUGCUUUAUUAUUAAAAAUAUCACUAUGUCUUUAACAAAUUACAUCGCGAUUGAUUGCGAAAUGGUCGCCACGGGGGUUAGGCGAGAAUACGAUAUGUUAGCAAGGGUGUCAAUUGUGAAUGAAUAUUGCCAAAAAGUUUAUGAUGAAUAUGUUUUCCCAACUGAACGAGUUACCGACUACCGGACGCCUAUUAGCGGGAUCCGAAGACAGGACUUGAUGAAUGGCGAAGACUUUGACGAAGUAAGAGAGGACGUGCGUCGAAUGAUCAAGCGCCGGGUGAUUGUCGGCCAUGGGUUGGAGCAUGACUUGCGCGUACUUCACCUGUCUCACCCGGAAUGGAACAUACGCGAUACUGCCAACUAUCCGCCUUUUAUCAGGAUGAAUCGCAACCGAACUCCGUCCCUAAAGUGGCUGGCGCGAAGGAUUCUCCGCGAGAAUAUACAACAGGGUGAGCACAGCUCGGUGGAGGAUGCAGCCACUGCCAUGAGGUUGUACUUGCACGUUGCGCAAGAGUGGGAAGACUGGCUGGACAGCGACAGUGACAGUUCAAGUGACUGAUUGAUGAGUCACAUAUUAUCAAAAACUUAAAAAAAAAUUUCUGACUGCAAAAUUAUGUUUAUCAAAAAGGUGAUUCUUCUGAACAAGGAAAAUUUUUAAAAUACCAAGGCGAUUAUAAAGGCCACAUUGAAGCGAUUCAUCUAAAAAAAACAAUAUUGCUGUUUUACAUUUGUUUACAUGCGCGAAAGUCAAUUUGCAAUAUUGCUUUUUUAGAUGAAUUGCUUCGAUGUGGCAUUUUUAACUCGCCAGGUGAAAAUCUGACACGGGGUUUCUUUUUUUUUUUUGUGAGUUUCAUUUAUGCAAGUACAGUGCUUGCUUCAAAAUAAAAUUAAAGCAUGUUUUUUCGCAUUGUUUGUGAUUUAUUUAGUCCGAUUAACAAAGUUAACAAUCUCGGAGAAAACAAAAUAAAAAAUGAAAAAACCGUCUUUGGGUGAAUAUCAAAAUGUGUCAAGUUUGGUGGCGAACUGUCAUAUUAUUUUUUCGUGAAAAAUUGGGUUCCGACAUGAAAAAGACCCAAAAGGAUCCUCGGUUCCGACAUGAAAAAGGAAUUUUUCAAUUCCCAAUUUUCCCAAUUUCCCCAAUUUUUCACGAAAAAAUUAUAUGACAGUUCGCCACCAAACUUGACACAUUUUGAUAUUCACCCAAAGACGGCUUUUUCAUUUUUUAUUUUGUUUUCUCCGAGAUUGUUAACUUUGUUAAUCGGACUAAAUAAAUAUAAUACUACUGGGAUAAGAUUACAUUUUUAUUAAAGACUCGUAAAAUCAUAAAGGUUUCGAGCAGAAAGAUUAAAAAAAAAUGCCAUUAUGUUUUUAUUCAAUAUAUUCUAUUCUUAUUUUAAAUAAUAAUUAUGUCGAUCAACAAUUUUGAGGUUAGGAUUUUGUUGUUUUUUAUGUUAUAUAAAUAUAAGGUAAGGGAACUAGGUACCUACAUACAAUUACGAAGAGUAAAUGAUUAAGUUUAAUGUAAAGUUACAUUCGAUAUUUUUGUAAUUUUCUAUUAAAAGUGUAAUAAAAAAUA